GCUUUGGGUAAUGGCAGCGCUGUGAGGACGGAGCGGGGCAGCGACCGCGGCCGAGGGCAGGAGCAAGGGAGGCCGGGCGGGGGUCGCUGACUCGGGCCCCGGGCCGCCAGAUUAACACUAAAGCCCCACAAUGUCCUUGAAACCACGAGUAGUUGACUUUGAUGAAACAUGGAACAAACUUCUAACGACGAUUAAAGCUGUUGUUAUGUUGGAUUAUGUUGAAAGAGCAACAUGGAAUGAUCGCUUCUCAGACAUUUAUGCUUUGUGUGUGGCCUAUCCUGAACCUCUUGGAGAGAGACUUUAUACUGAGACUAAAAUUUUUUUGGAAAAUCACGUACGGCAUUUGCACAAGAGAGUUCUGGAAGCUGAAGAACAAGUACUGGUUAUGUAUCACAGAUACUGGGAAGAGUAUAGCAAAGGGGCAGACUAUAUGGACUGUUUAUACAGGUACCUCAACACACAGUUUAUUAAGAAGAACAAAUUGACUGAAGCUGAUCUUCAGUAUGGCUAUGGAGGGGUGGAUAUGAAUGAACCUUUGAUGGAAAUUGGAGAGCUAGCUCUUGAUAUGUGGAGAAAAUUAAUGAUUGAGCCACUGCAGGCCAUCCUUAUUCGGAUGCUCCUCCGAGAAAUAAAAAACCCAAGCACUCCUCCUACAAGGCAAGCUGAAUAUCAACUUAAGCAUUUUUGUUCCAACACAACAGGAAGCCGACAAGAUCUUGAAUUUGAUCGCUGUGGAGAAGACCCAAACCAGAAAGUAAUCCAUGGGGUUAUUAACUCCUUUGUUCAUGUUGAACAGUAUAAGAAAAAAUUCCCCCUAAAGUUUUAUCAGGAAAUUUUUGAGUGUCCUUUUCUGAAUGAAACAGGGGAGUAUUAUAAACAAGAAGCUUCAAAUUUAUUGCAAGAGUCAAAUUGCUCACAGUACAUGGAGAAGGUUUUAGGUAGAUUAAAAGAUGAAGAAAUGAGGUGUCGGAAAUACUUGCAUCCCAGCUCAUAUGGCAAAGUGAUUCAUGAAUGCCAACAGAGGAUGGUAGCUGAUCACUUGCAGUUUCUACAUGCAGAAUGUCACAAUAUUAUCAGACAAGAGAAAAGAAGUGACAUGGCAAAUAUGUAUACUCUGCUUCGUGCUGUGUCAAGUGGUUUACCUCAUAUGAUUCAGGAACUACAAAACCAUAUCCAUGAUGAGGGCCUUAGAGCAACCAGCAAUCUUUCUCAGGAAAAUAUGCCAACUCAGUUUGUGGAGUCAGUUUUGGAAGUACAUAGUAAAUUUGUUCAACUCAUCAACACUGUUUUGAAUGGUGAUCAACACUUUAUGAGUGCCCUUGACAAGGCUUUGACAUCAGUAGUUAACUAUAGGGAGCCCAAGUCGAUCUGCAAAGCACCUGAGUUGCUGGCCAAGUACUGUGACAACUUGUUGAAGAAAUCAGCAAAAGGAAUGACAGAGAAUGAAGUAGAAGACAAACUUACAAGUUUCAUUACUGUUUUCAAAUACAUUGAUGACAAAGAUGUAUUCCAAAAGUUCUAUGCCAGAAUGUUGGCAAAAAGAUUAAUUCAUGGUUUGUCUAUGUCUAUGGAUUCUGAAGAAGCCAUGAUAAAUAAACUAAAGCAAGCCUGUGGUUAUGAAUUUACCAGCAAGCUCCACCGAAUGUAUACAGACAUGAGUGUUAGUGCUGAUCUCAACAAUAAAUUCAACAACUUUAUCAAAAACCAGGACACGAUUAUAGAUUUGGGAAUUAGCUUUCAGAUAUAUGUUCUACAGGCUGGUGCAUGGCCUCUAACUCAGGCUCCUUCUUCUACAUUUGCAAUUCCUCAGGAACUGGAAAAAAGUGUACAGAUGUUUGAAUUAUUUUACAGUCAGCAUUUUAGUGGAAGGAAGCUUACUUGGUUACAUUAUCUUUGUACAGGUGAAGUAAAAAUGAACUAUUUGUGCAAACCUUAUGUAGCCAUGGUCACAACAUACCAAAUGGCAGUGUUGCUUGCCUUCAACAACAGUGAGACUGUCAGUUACAAGGAGCUUCAGGACAGCACACAAAUGAAUGAGAAGGAACUGACAAAAACCAUCAAAUCUUUGCUUGAUGUCAAAAUGAUAAACCAUGACUCAGACAAGGAAGACAUAGAGACAGAGUCUACGUUUUCAUUAAAUAUGAACUUCAGCAGUAAACGAACAAAAUUUAAAAUUACAACAUCAAUGCAGAAAGACACACCACAGGAGAUGGAGCAGACCAGAAGUGCUGUAGAUGAAGACAGAAAAAUGUAUCUCCAAGCUGCUAUAGUCCGUAUCAUGAAAGCACGUAAAGUGUUGCGACAUAAUGCUCUAAUUCAGGAGGUAAUCAGCCAAUCAAGAGCUAGGUUUAACCCAAGUAUCAGCAUGAUUAAGAAGUGUAUUGAAGUUCUGAUAGACAAACAGUACAUAGAGCGAAGCCAGGCCUCUGCAGACGAAUACAGUUAUGUAGCAUGAUGUUGCUAUCCUGCAGGUAUGAUUGUAAGGAGAUCAUUGCUGUCACUGUUUGGUGUGUUCCUGUGGGAAGAGGCAGGCCUGUGCCUCCAUAAUUGGUCACUUGGCAGCCCCUGUUUUUCUGCUGUUUACAACAUCACCAGUGCCAUGUCAUGAGCGUCAAUGAAAAUGCCUAUAGAUAUUUCAAGCUCAUGUCAUUAUGACAUUUCUUAAAACUUUACUAAAAGAAUGAGUGAAGUAUUGCUGAAAUGUGAUGAAUUGGUUGGGUACCAUGCUUUUUUUUUUUUUCCCUCCCCUUUCACGUUUGCAGUUGAUGUUUUUUAAUGUAUCUUAAGACAAAGUAAAAAAAAAAAUCACACAAAAAACCUAAAUAUUGUAAUAUGACAGAUAACCUAAUAAUUGUAUCUACAUUAAAAUGUAAAAAAAAAAAAUGACGAACAUGAUACUGCUGCUUGUCAAAUAAAAAAAUAAAGUUAUAUAAUGUGUCUCGAAUGAUUGUAGAGCUGGAUAUAGCAUUAAUGUCUGUAAAUAUUAUUCAGGCCUGAAGAGUAAAAAUAAUGUUAUGUGUUUGGGGUUUGGAUAACCUCAGAAGUAGAUCUGACGUAAGAACUAAUUUAUAUAAAACUGAAUACCAGGUAUGUCAUGUUUGAUGUGAUUAUAAAAAAAAUAUUUAUGGUUAA